AUGUGCUUCAAGGCCUGUGCUGAAGGUUCCCUACGACAUGUUGUGUACAGUGCGCAGGUUGCGUACGGCACGAAGACUUGGGAGGAGACGGUGCGGGCGUUGGGCUUCCCCACAGGCGGGCGCACGCUUUGUAUCACCGAGGGCGUGGUGUCACGGGUCGACUCCAUUGAGCUGACUCCGCCGGCAGACACCACGCUAGUGAUUCAGAUCGAUGCUGCCAUCAACCCUGGCAAUAGCGGUGGCCCGGUCUUCGACAGCCGGGGCUAUGUGGCCGGUGUGGCCUUCUGCAAGGACGUGCGCAGCAGUACGGACAACAUCGGCUAUGUGAUCCCCUCAGAAGUGGUGCGCACCUUCUUGGACCGUUGUGGCAAGGAGCGCGACCUCUACACCCUGUCACCAUCGGUGCCCUACCGCUGGCACAAGCUGGAGAAUCAAUCCCUCCGUGCGGCGCACAAAGUGCCUCACGACGUCUCCGGCGUGCUGCUCACUAGCGUGGCUCCCUUCCUGGAGGGCGCCCUGAAAAUUAGCGACGUCCUCAUGAAGAUCGACGGUCGGAACAUCUCCGAUGACGGGCAGAUCGAGCUGCGGGGGCACGAGCUCAUCCAGCACAGGUACCUCUUGCGCAACAAGGGCAUCGGUGCCAAGACCACCUUCACCGUGUUCCGGGAGGGCCAGCAGGUGCAGUGCCCGCCGGUGGAGCUCAAAGAUCUGCCGCCCAUCUGCCCCAGGUGGCCGGAUGUGGAUUACCUCCCAGAGUACGUGAUCCUGGGCGCCCUCGCGCUGGUGCCUUUGGCGCAGGGGCAUCACUGGUACAAGGAGUGCCCGGUGGAGCUGAAAGCCACCAUCGACCGCUGGAACAAGCGCUGGCCCGGCGACCGCGAUGGCAGGGAGCAGCUGGUCCUCUUGGUCACCGUCUUCGCCCACGAACUGACCUUCGGCUAUCACCGGGGCUGGCGUGUGGUGGAAAGCUACAACGGAACUCCCAUCACCUCUCUACGUCAUGUGCGGGACUUGUGGCACGAAACGCGAGAGAAGGUGCAGGAGGCGGUCGGGAAAAAGCCCGAGACGCCGGCGGCGAGCCCUACGAAGUCGCCCAAGCCGGAACUUGGCAUCUUCGUUCGUCUCGGCUUGCAGAGCGACGACGACAUCGUGCUGGACGCACUCGCGGCCAUGGAGGCGGAGCCAGGGGCGCCGGCCUCAGCUGGAAAACGGCCUUAG